AUGUUGACUCUACUUACAGGCUCGUACUGCGACGUUUGCGCAGAGGAAUUUGGCUCUCAACUUCCUCCUCACUGUAUUCCGUGCGGCCACGUUUUAUGUGCAAACUGUUGUAAUGCCAUAGUCGAAAAGACUUCAGAACGACAACAACCCGCCUGUCCUUUUUGUCGAGAGCAUUUUUCUACCGAUGAUGUUCGUUUGAUCCGUACAGACUUCUCAUCUAGUGCAUGGAGCACCUCUCGUCGUCUUCCUGCACCUCUGGAGACGUCCAACUAUAACAAAAACCACAAAAAUUUUAAUGAUGCCGCAGCUGCACACUGGGCAAAGCGGGAAGAGAGACUUCCCCUCCCGGAAGGUGGAUGCUCGCGCGUUCGUGAGGAAGCAAGGCGUCUCGAAGACAAGGUGGCCAAGGUCGCCGCAAAAAAAUGUUCGGUGGAAGAGGUCAGCACUCUCCACCGAGAACUGGAGGAUUGGCUAAAUUCGGCUGUUAAGGAUCCUGAUCAGACACCCUCGCUCUCACUUAGUGCUGCUCUGUUACGUGCCAUUCUGAUGAACCAUGUGGUACAUUCAGAAGCUACCAAGCACGCUAAAACGUUGGAGGCCACUCUCAGAGGUCGAAUCGACGACAUGGAGAUAUCCAACAGCAAGCUCGAGGCCGAACUUCGUCGACAACGCUCACAAUUCAGUCAAAAAGUUCAAGAGUGUCAGACUCUUCGGACAGAGCUGAACCGGCUUAAGCUGCUGGCUACAACCGUUGGUCCAUCUACUCCUCCCAAUGACCAGAGGUCCAUGUCACCACCCCCGACAACCUCAGCCACUCCUUCCCCACCCUCACCUUUUAACAGUGCUUCUUCUACGACUUCUGCCACGUCUUCACCGUCACGAUAUCACACGAGAACAACGUCUUUACAUGUCUCUUCACGACCCUCUACGCCUUCCUCCCACGCCCACCCUGUACGAUCUCACACACCAUCGUUACGAUCCCAUACACCUGCGCCCAUGCGGGUGUCUACGCCCGCUCCACCCCUUCCACUAAGGUCACAUACACCAGCGCCACCUCCUGACAUCCCGCCAAAGCCUCGUAGGCUUUCGCAACCCCCACUUCCCACACCACCACCCCCAAAAGUCGUCCGAUCCCUGUCUGAUGAGAAGGCAUCGAUCCAUCAUGAACGAUGGAUCCCUCCCCGUUCGCCAUCCUACACAACGUCUUCACCAGCAGAAUACGGACGACCCCCGAGCAGAUUGUCGAAAUUAAUUCCGACGCGUUCGGCCUCAGUUGUAUCGAGGAUAAGACCCAGUGUACGUUCCCCGUCCCCCAACUGA